UGAGUUUGACAAAUAAAACUUGGCUACCUUAUCCUUAAGCAAUUUAAAAGAACUUCCAUAAUUUGUGAAAAUAUAUAUUGAGCAGAAAAAUUUCAGCCACCAAAAUCCUUUAAAAAAUCGCAUUUUAACAUUCGAUUACGCUGCAUUUUUUUUCAUUCCGAUUAAAUUUGAUUGAAAAAUACAGUUUUUUUUACCAUUCUUAUCAUUCGGUCUUUCGAGUCGAGGGAUUUCUCUGGAAGCUGUUUGUGAUACUGCAUGAUACCGCAGUAUUCUGUCAGUCAAGUUCAGCCUAAGAUAUAGCGACGACAUAGAUAUUAACUUAACUUUCAACUUUCAACAACCUGUCAACACUCUUGGUGCUAAAGCUAAGUAAUGUGUGUGACUACAUAACUUAUCUUCUGUUGAAAGAUUACAGUUGAUCCAAUCUAUAUUUAUCCGUACCAAUUCGUAACCAAGUGUUAUAUUUCUGUAACUAAGCAUCUCAUUAAAUAGUGCUUAGCCCUUAAUUAGACAACCCGGUUACAGAACUAACGGACGGAUCAUUGUCAGAAAGAUCAAAAGAAAUGAAUGCAAAAUGUCUAAUAAGGGACUCUCUGAUUUGAAGAAAAAUCGAAAGACUGUCUGUGUCUAUACCCGAGCAGUUUCGCCAUUCCUGUCUUGAAUCAUGAGCUGCUCACCACAACGUAAUUUCAAAGUGAUACUUGUUAUCGUCCUUGUGCUAGUAGUAUUUUUAUUUCACUUUUGUUUAUUUGAUCAAAAAACUUUCACAUUAUCUUUGCUGGGUUUUUCAACUAUUGAUUCAAAAUCUCCAACUUUUCCUGUUUACGAUGUAGUAAAUCCACAAUGCCAGAAAUAUAUAACUUUGGAGCCAUUUACCUCGUCAAACUCUGAAGAUCAUCAGGCCUUUUUUCUCGAAACUUCUGGAAAGUCUUACUUGACAGGUCGACAAGCAUGCUCGGUUGAAUCAGCAGCCAAAGCUUCUGGACUUUCUCUGAAAGUCAUCUUCAAGUCCAGAUAUGUAGACCUCGCUAAAAGUAAAAGUUUUUGCGACCUUUAUUUGAAUUACCAAAACGUGCAAUUUUACACGAUCGAUUUUGGGGAGUUGUUUGAAAAUACUCCAGUUGUUGGAAUUGAAAAGAAAGUGGAGAUCGUCGUGGCGCAUGGAGUCUGUCACUACAGCGACAUUGCACGUCUAGCGUUAAUGUACAAGUAUGGCGGAUUCUACCUGGACAUGGACAUAAUAGUCAUUAAUAGCUUGAGGAGUCUGUCAAAUGUGUACGCCAUGGAAUACAGCAAGCCAAAAUAUACACCAUCUGGAUUAUGUCACCGGUCGGGCAGUAGACUUCAAAGCUCACAUCAGAUCUUCAACGGCAAUUUUCACUUGAGUAAGGGUCACGAUCUACCAUGGCGGAUACUACAGCACGUGAACAGGACUUAUGACGUCACACAGAAUAACAGACAUAUGAUUGGACCAGAAGUGAGCAGUUCUGUGAUCAAAAACAUGUACAAUUUCGAACGCUUCUACAAUGGGUUCUAUCCUAGUCCUACUGGAAAUAGCAUUAGCAACCUCACCAUUCUUCCUGGAACCGCUUUUUUACCCGCUGAUUUCAAGGAGAUCGGUCGUUUGCUGUGGCCUCGGACGGCCAACACAGCCUUGGACUGGGAACAUCUGUUCAGAUGCAGUUAUAUGGUGCAUUUUUACUCCAACCGGUGGGGCAAGUUGAAAGUGACGGGGGAUGCCUCAAUCGAAGCCUACUCCUACUUGGGCCCAAAAUACUGUCCAUAUUCUUUCAAACAUUUGCUAGAGUUCUAAGCCAUAUCAACCUUCAUCUAUCAAUAUGCUCAUAAUUACAGCUAUGAAUUUUAUAGCAGAAAGUGGUGAUCAAUCAAUACAGUACAUUUAUCUACAAUUAUAAAUUCGUUCAUUCUGUGGGUUUUUACCCGCAAUUUUUGCCAUUUAAAUUUUCG